GACAAGUACUAACCCUACCACAGACACUUCCCUAGUAUUGAAUAGUAUUUCACCCAUGACUCCCAAGAUGUUACUCUAUAGAACAAGUCCAAUCCUCCACAAAACUCCCCACACUCGCCGCCUCUUUUCCAUCCUCUCCCCAGCACAAGCCUGUCGAUCCACUAACACCCAGACCCCAAGCUGUCCCAAAUCAUCAUCCCCAACAACAACCGGAAACCCUUCCCCAUCAUGUUCAACUGCCACAGAACUACCACAAUUCCAAAACCCUCUGAUAUUCAACUUCUGGACAAGCAAACCCGCCUGGAAGCGCGCCAGCAUCAACACCCUCCGCUGCCUCGUUGGCUGCACGCUGGGUGAUUUCUCCGCCCUAUGGAUUCUCCAAACCUACUAUCCCCAUCUAGGCAUGGGUCUUAUCAUGGGUGCCUCGAUGGCCUCCGGAAUCACCACAUCCAUCAUCCUCGAGACCAUCCUCCUCCGCCGGGGCGCUGACCAACUCUCCUGGCCUGCGGCUGCCCGCACCGCCAUGGGAAUGAGCAUGGUGUCGAUGUUGGCCAUGGAGACGGCGGAGAAUCUGGUCGAUUAUCAUCUCACGGGUGGGAUGGUGAAUAUGGCUGACCCAAUGUUCUGGACUGCUGCGGCUACGUCUAUCGCGGCGGGUUAUUUGGCGCCGUUGCCGUAUAAUUAUUUGAGGUUGAGGAAGUAUGGGAGGGCUUGUCAUUGAUGAACUUGAUUAGGAUUCAUGUGUAGUCCAUAGUAUGUAGUUAUAUCCUCUGCUCUGUAUGUAUAUCGUUUGCUACGGAUCGGC